AUGUCGAAACAUUAUCGUGAUGACUCGCUGGAGGAGGAGGUGGAACCGUUAAACGGGGAAGAGAGAAGGAUUUGGAACUCAGAAAAGGUCUAUUCUAGAUUCAGGUCGGGCAGCUUGAAGUCUGGUUGGGUCUGGGUCGCUCACGCCGUUCUACUAUCGAUAUCUCUGGGCUCUCUAGCUCUCUCACUCUACCUACGGAAAUCGUGGCCGUCGAGUACAAUACCCACCACAUAUUUGCCGGCUCAAAGCGCGAUCAAGUAUGAGAUCAAGCAAUUCGACUUACCUCCAGUUCCCGAAGGUCCAUUCAUAGGAAAAGGACCGGAAGUCGACGCAAAAUGGGACUACAUCACCAACAGCAUCGGCGACACGAUGGUCACCCGCGAAGAGAUGAUCAAGAUGAACCUGGACCCGCACGGCGCCCUCGAGAUCACCGACCCGGCCACGGGGAAGCGCGGCUUCCGCGUCGCCGUCGAGAUGUUCCACCAGCUGCACUGCCUCGACCUCCUCCGGCAGGCAAACUACAAGGCCCACUACUCCCCGCUCGGCGGCGACACCGCCGCUCCCAAACACGACCUGUCGCGCCACACGGACCACUGCAUCGACGCGCUGCGCCAAUUCGUCAUGUGCCAGGGCGAUGUCAACAUCUUCGCCUUCCGCUUCCCCUUCAACGAUGGGGACCCCUGGCCCGACUACUCGACGCCGCGCGUGUGCAGGAACUACGAGAAUAUACGGAAGUGGGCUGUGGAGCAUACCGUUGCGCAGGGCGAGGACGAGCCGGAUCAUUAA